AUGCCAGCGAAACGUCUGGGAAAUGAGGUGCAAAAAUUUACUCCUGAUGUCCGCAAAUCGAAACAUGUUCAAUUUGCUUUAGCCGUACACCAGGCUGUCACAGAGGUCAACUACGUGCGCUUUUUUCGCUUGGCUCGUUGCGGUGACUGCUUGCCUGUUUGUCUAAUGCAUCGCUACUUUGGCCAAGUGCGCGGUCAAGCCUUGGUCAGAAUGGCCGCUGCAUUUGCGGGCCAUCCUCGGAAAGAGGUUCAGGUGAGGAGUCUUUUAAGCUUGGUCAGUUAA